GGGAUCACUUUAUAGAACUGGUUCUAGGGCAAUAAGUUAGCAAUGAAAUUUAUAUAUAAAUGGAAUGAUUUCCCUCUAAUUCAGCCAGAAAUAAACCAUAGAAUCAUUAUUCAUUCAAAUUAAAAAGAAAAAAGAUCAUCAAAAAUGACUCCUCCAACUGCUAUUGAAUCUUCAAUUAAUUUUGAAGGUCAUCCUUCAAUUAAAUCUACUCAAGAUCCAUUAGUUAAACAAUUAUCACUUGGUGAUGAAACUGUUAUUCGUCAUAAUGCUCCAGCCCCAACUUUAUACGAAGAUGGAUUAUUAGAACGUGGUACUACUAUUUCAUCAACUGGUGCUCUUAUGGCUUAUUCUGGUAAAAAAACUGGUCGUUCUCCAAAAGAUAAAAGAAUUGUUGACGAAUCUACUUCUACUCAUAAUAUCUGGUGGGGGCCAGUUAAUAAACAAGUUGAUGAAUUAACUUGGAAAAUUUCUAGAUCAAGAGCAUUAGAUUACUUGAGAACUAGAGAAAAAUUAUUUGUUGUUGAUGCUUAUGCUGGUUGGGAUCCUCGUUAUAGAAUUAAGGUUCGUAUUAUUUGUGCUAGAGCCUAUCAUGCAUUAUUUAUGACCAAUAUGUUGAUUCGUCCAUCUGAAGAAGAAUUGGCUAAUUUUGGUGAACCAGAUUUUACUAUUUACAACGCUGGUCAAUUCCCUGCUAAUGUUCAUACUAAAGGUAUGACUUCAUCAACUUCGGUUGAAAUUAAUUUCAAAGAUAUGGAAAUGGUUAUUCUUGGUACUGAAUAUGCUGGUGAAAUGAAGAAGGGUAUUUUCACCGUUAUGUUUUAUUUAAUGCCAAUUAAAUAUCAAGUUUUAACUCUUCAUUCUUCCGCUAAUCAAGGUACUGAUAAGGGUGAUGUCACUUUAUUCUUUGGUUUAUCAGGUACUGGUAAAACCACUUUAUCUGCAGAUCCAAAUCGUAAAUUGAUUGGUGAUGAUGAACACUGUUGGUCCGACCAUGGUGUUUUCAAUAUUGAAGGUGGAUGUUAUGCUAAAUGUCUUGAUUUAUCUGCUGAAAAAGAACCAGAAAUUUUUAAUUCUAUUAAAUUCGGUUCAAUUUUGGAAAAUGUUGUUUAUGACCCAUUGAGUAAAGUUGUCAAUUAUAAUGAUUCAAGCAUUACUGAAAAUACCAGAUGUGCUUACCCAAUUGAUUUUAUUCCAUCUGCUAAGAUUCCAUGUCUUGCUGAUACUCACCCAACCAACAUUAUUCUUUUAACUUGUGAUGCUUCUGGUGUUUUACCACCAGUUUCUAAAUUGACUAAUGCCCAAGUGAUGUAUCAUUUUAUCUCUGGUUAUACUUCUAAAAUGGCUGGUACUGAAGAAGGUGUAACUGAACCCCAAGCUACUUUCUCUGCUUGUUUUGGUCAACCAUUUUUGGUUUUACAUCCAAUGAAGUAUGCUCAACAACUUUCUGAUAAAAUUUCUAAAUACAAUGCCAAUGCUUGGUUAUUGAACACUGGUUGGGUUGGUGCAAGUGCUGCUAGAGGUGGUAAACGUUGUUCUCUUAAAUACACUCGUGCUAUUUUGAAUGCAAUUCAUUCUGGGGAAUUGAGUAAGGUUCAAUACGAUACUUUCCCAACUUUUAACUUGAAUAUUCCAACCAGUUGUCCUGGUGUUCCAAGUGAAAUUUUAAAUCCAACUAAAGCCUGGUCUGAAGGUGAAGCUUCUUUUGUUAAAGAAACUACUUCUUUAGCCAGUAAGUUUGUUGAAAAUUUCCAAAAAUACUCUGACCAAGCUACUUCUGAAGUUAAAGCUGCCGGUCCUACUGUAUAGUUUGUUUUAAUUCGUUUUCAUAUUUAUUCAAAAUAAAAUAUUUACCGUAUAAACUACAUGUAAUGUUUUAAUGUAAAGAUAUGUAAGAUGAUGGCACAAAAGAUUGGUGUUGGCUAUGUUACGAUGACUCUCGGUGACUAGUCCCUGACUAUGAGUCGACCUUGACGACUGUGAGUUGACUAUGAAUCUUAUUAACCAGUCUCAUCACCAUCAAGUAUCAAAAUUAAACAGUUACGAUCUUACUAGAUUAUCUUUUAUACAUAUACAUUUUGGGACUUCUUAAUUUC